AUGUUUGAACAAGGAGGUGGUGACCCUUUUACCUUGCCCAUCAUCACUCGUGCAGCAGUGAGUUCUUCUAAGCCGGUCUUUGUCGAGCACCCCAAAGCUGUUGCAAGCCUCAGAGCGUCGAGGACGAGCGAGAUGGAUCCCAAGGCAGGCGGCAGUGUCUCGACAGUCAGAGGCAAGCAACAGAGCCAGUCAUCCAUCGAGGUAGGACGAGAGGUGGAAAAUACCGUCAAGAGAAACAGACACAGCGUGGCGGAUUUGCGCAUGGCGUUUGAGCAAGCUGUGUUGGCUGAGUCGUCAGCCAAGUCGUCCGUGUCAAAGCAUCCCAAGAGCGAGUCUGCCAGUCCAAACAAGAAAGCGAUUUCAGAACGAACCUACCAAGCCCAGCCAGGUCAGGCAAACAACCGCAAGCACCCGAGCUCCGAAACACCGCCGAGGGCACGCAACAGUGACCACACGGAAGCGCCAGCCAGCGAGCCCAUCAACAGAAGACGCACUCGAGCCCUCGCCGAAGCCUUUGAACACGGGGGAAAAUUGGGAAGCACCCCAUCGAGACCGCUGCUCCAAGCACGAACACUCUCUGUCAAAAUCUCCACCGUCAAGCCUCCUCCCAACGAAAGUCCCACCAAGCAGUCAAAGGAAAAGGCGGUGGCCCGCCUCAGUGACAGUGGUGUCGGACGGAGGAUACUACCAGGACCACCACCGUCGCCUUUUUUACAACACUGGAGAACCAGACGGGAGACCGCUCCUGUCAAAUCCGGACCCAGUCUUCCCAUCAUGGUCUCCACCACGGUUGCUGUCAGGACACACCGCGACUCGAGCAGUAAUACUGCUUCUUCUUCCUCCUUCUCCCGACGGUCUACCACCCCUUUUCCGGCAAAAGUGGAGGAGGCACUUCGCAAGUCGUCGAGAGGGUAUGGAAACUUGUCCCAAGAUGGUGCUGGGGAAGGUACUGCUACCAAGGAGUCUCCUGUCAAGGAUAGGAUCGGCAUGUUUGAACACCUUAGUCGUCCGAGAACGGUGAGCUCGACCUCGGGGUCUCAGAAGAGCAGAGGGUCAUCGUCGAACAAGCUGGUGAAGUCUCGCAAUUCGGUGAGACGGCCUUCGGUGUCUGAGUUGAGACGAGGAGCAAGGGCGCUGAGAGCAUUGUCGUUGACGGGACGGAGGGAGAGCAAGCCGGCGGCGGCUGGGAUGAAGACCGCUGAGGGUACGACGAAGGUGACCAUCACAACAAGACACAGCGUCGGGGUUGUCCAGCAGAGCACCGCCGGCAAGCCUCUGGGCAGCAAAGUCUUGCGCGCGAAUACCACCACCACUGCAAAACCAGACGGGCUGUCUCUCACUCCUAGGCGUGACUCGAGCUUUUUUGUCAAGGGGACCAUGUGGAGGGUUCCGCGGACGAAUCAUGUGCCGGCGGGGAAACAACAAGAGCCCAUCUCUUCCAAGCCAGCACCACAACCUAGCUACGAACCGCCUUCUUCCGCCGAACUCGUCAACAAGACUGCCACCACCAAGCCGACGCUUUUCCACCCCACCAGCGCAAGAGAUGGCCGCAUCCUUCCCGACAGGAAGAGCUAUGGCACCAUCGAGACGAAACACAGUUGGGAGACGAGCACGACUGCCCCCACCAUGGUGGUUUCUGAUCCAUUCUUGGACAAGGCCUCUUUAUCCAAGACGAGGGAUAUAAUCCCAGUCACAGGUGAUGGCAAUUUCUUUCACCACCACCGCGAUUCACCGCCUGUUGUGAAGGGUGGUGUUGUUAUUCACCAAGCUACUACCACCUCGAUCAUUAGCGUUAGUCCCACGGCUAGUCAUUACUCUCCGGGCAAUGUCACGCCCGGCCAUGAAACAGCAGAGGUACAGCGUCCUGUAGCUGUUACAAAGAAGCAUCUUCAGCAGAGUUUAUACCCCUCCUCCUUGGGCAAAAAGGGGGGUGAAGCGUGGAGGAAUAAAGCUGGCGGUGUGGGCCCGGUCUUGAGUCCAGAUCUGGUGCACGCGGUGAAGCAGGGAGGGGGGAACAGACGUUCCAGUUUGAGCUGGGGGAAGAGGGCGGCGGCGGCGGCGUUGGGGAUCGGGAGACGGUUGAGGGAACGGAGGGCUAGUUCGAGUGCUGCUAGGCAUCAGGCGGGAGGGGGGAAUUUGAUCAGUCCGAGAAAGAUGAUGCAGGAGAGGAGUAGUCGGGAGGGGAGUGAGGUUGGGGGAGGAGGAGGAGGGAAUAGAGAAGAGGAUUGGGAUGUUGUUGUUGCUACGCCGAAUUGUAGGUUGCAGCAUCCUAGGCCGUCGAGGGUUGUUGAUUGGAGGAGGUGGGAGGAGGAGGAGACUAGGGGUGGUGGUGGAGAGGCUGGAGAGGAUGGUGGUAAGAGGGUUGUUUUGGGGCAAGGACAGGGAGAGAGAACUAUGGGUUGGCCGAAACUGUAG